AUGAAUAGAUGGUUUAAGAUUAAUAUUGGAAUAUAUAAAAUCAAAUAUAUUAGAUUUAAGUUGGAAAUAAUAAGAUCAAAUAAAGUAUUAAUAUUUGUAAAGUAAGGAACAAACUGUAAUAAUCAGGUGAUGAGGUUGUUUAAUUAAAAUGAUUAUUUUUGUUUAGUUUAAGAAUUAAAUAACAAUAGAGAAUGAAGGAUUAGAGGGAUAGAUAAAAAAAAGAAAUAUUUUAGAUAAUGAAAUUGAUGAAGAUUAAAUUUAAAAGAAAACAUUGAUUAAUGAUGAGAGAGAAUAUAUAAAGAAUAAUUUAACUUGA